AAAAUCUCACAUCACAACAAUAUAAAACUAGAAUUUUCUUUUAUGGUAUUUACUAAAGAUUUUUAUCAUGAAGGACCAUGUCUUUCUGUUCAUCAUUUGGAGCUAUUUUUACCUGGUUUUGCUUUUUCAGACUCUUCCUUCAAGUUCAUUUUGUAGCAGCAGAAAACGCUUGAGAGGUCAAGAGUUUUUACUGAUGUCCAUAAAGGCCUUUCACAGAGCUUGCAGAUUGGCUGUAGAGUGUACAGGUGAUCCAUCUGUUCAAGAGAAUGCCUUUACAGCUCCUAAUUGCCGCACCGAUGACACUCUGGAAAAAUACACUUAUUUUUUGCUGGAUACUUGUGAUAUCAUGUGCAUUCCUAUCAUAACUAAACAUUGUGAAGGCAUUGUAAGUCCAGCUGUAAUGCAGAUAUUUUUCUCUGUUCUCAACUCCCAGUAUGUUCUUGUUCCCAGGAUGAUGGAUCAGUUGUCCACUAAGCUUGCUUCCUCAUCUUUCUUCAGGUUGACUCUACAGCUGAAAGCCAAGUUUUGUACAGGAGACAGGAAUGUCUGCCUGAAUGAAUCUUGUUCAGAAUUCCUUUGGCGUCUAUGUAUGUCACUACUGUCCAAAAUGAAGGUUGCUGUAUGGUUUGAAGAUGAUUUGGGACAAGUGCAGGCCAUAUUGCAAAGGAGCAUUCCUUAUUUGAACUGCUACCUUUCAGACUGUGCUACACUACUCUGUGAGGAUCCAGGAGCAUGCAGUGCAGGAAAUGGGGACCUUAGAAGCAUUCAGUAUUCAUUGCUGAUCUUGUUAUACCUUGCACACUUGAACCAUGAUAUGUUAAUCCAGGAAGAUGCCAUUUUCCCAGCAGUAUGCAACUUACUGUGCUCAAUUAAUGAGCAUGGAGAGAAAAUAUUUACAUUUGCCCUAAAAGCUGCCUUGUACCUGCUGUCUGUGAGCCAAGACAAGUCUACAAACAUGGACUGGGUUUCUUUAAGUAACAUCUGCAAACUUCUGGGAUCAGUCCCCAAUUUUUUGUCAGUAUACACACACCAUCCUCAAGUAUUGAGGUUCUUGUUCCACUACUCAGCACUAACAGAGAAGUUUGGCUUACAUGUAUUGGAACAGUGGCUUGACUGGCCAACAGAAAACACUGGAGGUUAUGGUUGCAGUUAUAGCCUGCCAUUACUUGAAUCAGAAAGUGAACAGAUGGAACUACAUCAGCCUGUAAUUUCUUUAGUAGAAACUAACUCCACUGCUUUGCUUGUUUUAAUGGAAAUUAUCUGCUCUGGUGAAGCCAGGCUUUCCCACAGAGCACUCCUACUGCUUAGCUCUUACUUGCAGAAUAAUCAGAGUCAUGACUUAUCAGUCUUUGAAAUAAUGCGGCCCAAGUUACUUCAAUUUCUGCAACAGUUCAUUAUUGAGAAUGAGACUGAGGCUUUAGAAGGAAAUGAACAUCUACCAUUAAUCCUGCAACUUCUCUGCAUGGUACAGCUAAGCAGUUUAUCAGUAAAAGAAGAGGAUGACACAGAUUUUAAACUUUUGUAUCAUGUGUGUAACUUAACUGGCAAAGUGAAGAAAUCAGAGACAAAAAUACUACAGCCAGCAUUUAACUAUCUCUAUUGCAGCCUGCAUCUUGCCAUACCUUGUUACAAAAACAAAGUGGUGUCCGUACUGCUAUCAAAUAUUAGUCUCUUGAACUUGAUUGAAGCCCUUUCAGAACAUUGUUACCUGGCUCAUACACUCCAAGAAACUCCGGAAGUCUCUCUUUUGUGCUCAACCUGGCUGCUCCUGAGAUCCCUGCUUCAGUCCCUGUUGUCCAACAUACCUGAGAUUCAACAGGUUAUUACACUGGAUUUGGAUAAGCUUCUUGCCUUGAUCACUUUCAGAAGGAAGACCAGUAGUCUGCUUCUAGCAUGUUCACUUCAUCUUCUGCAAACUUUGCUGGACUUGGAGUUAUCUUCUCCCCUAAUUAAAAUCAAACAGUCUGCCCAAACACAGAGCUUCCUGCAAGAUUCAGAUGCUUCACUCUACCCAUUGUGUUCUAGUAGAACUCUACAUCUGCUUGUAGCUUUACAGAAUUUGUUUUUACAGAAGGAGGAGAUUGUACAGUAUGCGUCACUGAGCUGCUUGGAGUCUCUGCUUGGUUAUUUGCAACGGAAGAGCAACAAGACAUGUACCAUGAUAAUAAUUAUCCUUUUUUAUCAAAUAAUCUGGUGUUUUCCUAAAAACAUACAUAACACAUAAAAAUAUAUUGUUUAUGCUGCUUUUAUUGUGAUGUGUGGCUUUUUAAACUAUGGUAACCUACUGUACAAAUCCCUGAAGGUAAUGUAUGAAUGAAGGAUUUUUCCAAUCGUAUUUUUCCAAUUUGUGUUCACAUUUCUGUGUUAUUUUAUCGUUACUUUCAUUUUGAAAUUUUUAUACCUUUAAAUCUUUAUACCUAUGUAAAUGUAUACAGCUGCUUGAAAGACUGCUUGUAUCUUGGGCUCAAUGCAAUCAUGGGCUGAUUUACUGUAAGUACAUCCAUAGAAAUGUGAUGAGAAAGACAGGUGGCGGUAUACUCUUUCGAUACCUUAAUCCACAAUACAAAAUAUUAUUUGUGUUUGUGUUAGCCUGUCUACAGUAUAUAUUUUUCUUAUCUACCUUCACACAUGAAAAGGCCAGAAUGAACUACAAAACGUUUUCAUAUGUAAAGAAAGGAACCAAAAAAAUAAUUCCUUAUCCAUAUAUUUUCAUUUUUUAAACCUAAUUUGUCAAA